AUGGAUUCCUUUCGGCCAUACCUCGUAAGACUAUAUUGGGGCGGUGUGUUUUCCUUUGUUAACGGGGCUGUUCAGUUUGACCAAUCCAUGCUAACAACCUCUUUCCUUAUGCGACAUAAAUCGUCGUAUGACGAAUUGGUGGAUUCAAUCUGUAAUCAUGUUCAACUUCAGAAAGAAUCAGUGCGCCUUUCAUUGUUACUAGGGUACACGUUUCAGGGCAUAUCUCAGACAACAAAAAUUUUCAACGAUGAUGGUAUUGAAACAAUGAACUAUUUAGCCCAAGUAUCGGAAACCAACUUCAUUGCCGAGAUCUAUGUUCAGUGGGAGGCAGUCAAUCCUGUCCAACACAUGAGUUUCAUAAACCUUCUGCAUGACAUUACACAACGUAAUGUUGUUGACACCCAAGAUUCUGAUGAAGAUGACGAGGGAAACGGGCAAACAACUCAAGAACACCACUUGAUGCCUGCUGUUGAUAACAUAGUAGGUCCGUCCUCCCAGUUUCUGGUGGGUGACAACAAUAAUGACGGUUUUGAUGAUUCGGAAAGUUGCAGCACCGAAGAGAGUUCUGAAAGUGAAGAGGCACCACCAUCCAACGAUGGUACUUCUGACGACGAGGCUGUAGUCAACCAACACACUGAGUUGACCCUGGCUCAGCCGCGGCCUAUCAUUCCAGCGACACAUGACGACCCAGACGAGGACGAGGAACUUAGGGAUUACAUGUGUCCGGAUUAUGAAGAUAAUCCAAUGGACGUAUGGAAUACAAAAGUAAAACAUAUACGUCUCGGCAUGUAUUUCAAGUCAAAACAGGAGGUGGACCUUGCUAUCCGAGAAUGGAACAUUCGCCGUGGAAGGGAAAUUUUUGUGAUGGAUAGCAAACCAACUUUAUACAAAGUUAAAUGCUACACGAGAAACAAAAAUUUUAAAAACCCUUUCCCUCAUGCUCCUUUGUGUGAAUGGCGUGCAACGGCAUCAAAACAGAAACACCAACACCUUUGGCAAAUUACCAACUGGGCGCCUGCCCACACUUGUUAUUCCACGGUGGUACGCAACAACAACAGGUGCCUUAGAUCUAAGGAUAUCGCUGCACACAUCCUGCCACAAAUUCGUACAGACAUUGCGUUGAAGGUGAAACACAUCAGGACGCAUAUAAAGCAAGCGAUGUCUGUCGAUGUUACGUAUACGAACGCGUGGCGUGGACGAAGAAAGGCAAUUGAGAGGAUAUAUGGAACCUGGGAAAGCAACUUUCAGGAGCUGCCAAAGUACGUGUUACGGCUUCAGUCUCGAAACCCUGGUACGGUGGUUUCAUGGUUUCAUCACCCGCACUCGGCUCCAGGACAUCCAACAUUCAAAUAUGUUUUUUGGGCAUUUGGUCCUUCUAUUCGCGCGUUUCAUCUUUGCCAGCCUGUCAUCUCUGUGGACGGCACACACUUGAAAGGAGGGUACCGUGGUAAGUUGUUGGUUGCGGUAACCAAAAACGCCAACAACUACAUAAUGCCAGUGGCGUACGCGCUAGUUGACGAAGAGACGGUUCAUAGUUGGUGUUGGUUUUUCCAAAAUUUAAGAGAAUACGUCACCAAAGACUGUAACAGUAGAAUUUGUGUUCUAUUAGACCGUCAUGCCGGGAUAAUUAAUGCGAUGGAGAACCUUCUAGAUUGGAGGGAACCAAACGCCUACCACCGUUAUUGUCUUCGGCAUGUCAGAAGCAAUUUUAGUGGUAGGUUCAAGACCAAAUCUCUUAGGAAGCUGUGUUGGAUGAUCGGGAGCACAAGUCAACGAAGAAAGUAUCUUUGGGCUGUGAGGGAAAUGCAGAUGUUAAAUCGGGGUGCUUGGAACUACCUGAACGACAUCGACAAAAGCAAGUGGACUAUUGUUCAUGACCGCGGAAACCGUCGUUGGGGUAACCUUACGACGAACAUAUCUGAGUCUAUGAAUAAUGUCUUACGGGAAGCAAGACUCUUGCCAGUAAAAGCCUUAAUUCAUUAUACGUUCACGAAGGACGUAUCAGAGUAUGCUCGCCACGCGCAGAUGGCCCACAGCUGCAAUACCCCUCUACCCCCUCGAAUUUGGUCUAGGUUUAACAAGUUGCAUUCCGUAGCCAUGCAACAUCAAGUGUCCGUCUACGAUGUUAGAGAAGGUCGUUACGCGGUGGUUUCAAGGGAAGAAACCAAUGAUGACGGUGGAAACGAGUACACCGUUGAAUACGGACGCAGCCGGUGCUCAUGCGGGAAAUGGCAAAUGCUUAGAUUCCCUUGUUCCCAUGCUAUCGCAGUUUGCGCUUGGAGGGGUGAGCAACCACAUGACGUUACCCACUCCAUAUUCCACACCACCACCUAUCAGGAACAGUAUAGCGGUCAUUUUUUCACCCUGGGACACAAAGAUGAGUGGGAAGAAGCGGACUGGACAAUUCAAGGGGACCCUUCGAGGGUCACAACACAUCGUGGCAGGGUUCGUUCAAGAAGAAUUCAAAACGAGAUGGAUGUUAACUACCACGAUGAACCCCAGGCACGUCGAUGCAGCAGAUGCAGAGAAACCGGGCACAACAGGAAGACCUGUGGCCGACGUUAA